GUUUCUGAAUCAGAAUUUUUUUGCCCUAUUUGUCAAAAUGGAGAACAGGAAAAUUUUGUUUCAAGAACUAAUCAGAAAACUUGUUUAAUUGAACCUACUAUAGCAAAUACAUUUCUAGAAAGUACUUUCAUACUAUAUACAAUGAUUUUUGACUCCAAUUAUCCACCUACUGUCACCAACUCCAAUAAUUUACCUACUAUCAUCAAAUCCGGUAAUUCACCUAACUCCAGUAAUUCUGCUACCAUUACCAACUCUAGUAAUUCUGCCACUUUUACUAUUGCCAACUCUAAUGCUCUCAAUACAUCUAUAGAAUUUGCCAAUGCUAGUAAUCCUAUUGGCAACUCUAGUAAUCUCACCAUAUCUAUGGACUUCACUGACUCUAGUAAUCCUGCCAUACCUAUUAUCUUCAACCCUGAUAAUUAUACUGCUUUUACUAAUAAUUCUGCGAUAUUUGCUAAUUCUAAUAAUUCUACUAUACCUACAGCAUAUAUUAACUCUAAUAAUCUUACUACAUCUGCAUCAAUUGCUAACUUUAAUAAUCUCUCUAUAUUACCUUUAUUAACUCUGCUGCUUGUGAAAAACAAGAAACAGAUUUUUAAAAAAUUUUUGCAGAAUUAA